UGCUUGGUAGCGCGCGGUUUUGGCGGCUGAGUGGGUCUCGCGACACUUGUAGCGCGUGGUAGGAAGUUUGGCGCGGGAGUUUGUGAGGGGAGCGGAGCGGUGUCGGGAGCUUUCGCGCCAGCCAGCCAUGCCGGCCCGCAACACCCUGAGCAGCGGCGGGCACCUGGGGGCAGAGAUGGGUGAACAAGCAGAAGCAGCUGUGAUUACACCAUCCAUGCUGGAAGAGGAGGAGCAGCUAGAGGCAGCAGGGAUGGAGAAGGAGAGGGAAAUGCUGGAAAAGGCUCGCAUGUCCUGGGACAGAGACUCCAGUGAAAUGCGCUACAAGAGGCUUCAACACUUGCUUGAAAAAAGCAACAUAUAUUCAAAAUUCUUGCUGACCAAAAUGGAACAGCAGCAACUGGAGGAGCAGAAAAGGAAAGAGAAAUUAGAAAAAAAGAAAGAAAUGUUAUUAAAAGCGGCAAUGAGUCAGAAUCUAAUUGAUGAAAAAGAGGAGAAAUCUGCUGUGAAGAAAAAAAGAGGAAGAGAAGAUGAAACCUAUUACAUUUCAGAAGUCAUGUCCAAAGAGGAAAUCUUGUCAGUGGCCAAAAAAAGCAAAGUAGAAAAUCAGGAUGAAAGCUCUUCUAACAAACUGUGUGCAGAAGACCUACAGAAAAAUGGAGAUUCUAAUAGUGUCAUUAAAGAUAGGUUGUCGCAAGCUGUACGACAUAAUGCCAAGCACUUCCUUGAUCCAGUACGGAAAUUUAACGGGCAGCCAAUACCCUUUCAACAGCCAAAGCUUUUUUCAGGAGGUGUUAUGAGGUGGUACCAAGUUGAAGGCAUGGAAUGGCUCAGGAUGCUUUGGGAAAAUGGCAUUAAUGGCAUUUUGGCUGAUGAAAUGGGACUGGGAAAGACAAUCCAAUGUAUUGCUACAAUAGCACUGAUGGUAGAGAGAGGAGUCCCUGGACCAUUCUUAGUAUGUGGUCCCUUGUCUACUCUUCCUAACUGGAUGUCCGAGUUCAAGAGAUUCACUCCAAAGAUUCCCAUAAUGCUGUAUCAUGGAUCCCAGCAGGAACGUCGUAAAUUGGUUCAAAAAAUUCACAGGCGAGAAGGUUCACUGCAAAUUCAUCCUGUGGUCAUUACCUCGUUUGAAAUAGCCAUGAGAGACAGAAAUGCCUUGCAGCAUUGCUUCUGGAAGUAUCUGAUAGUGGAUGAAGGACAUAGGAUUAAGAACAUGAACUGUCGUCUUAUCAGGGAAUUAAAACGGUUUAAUGCUGACAAUAAACUUCUGUUAACUGGUACUCCCUUACAAAACAACUUGGCUGAACUCUGGUCACUACUUAACUUCCUACUGCCAGAUGUAUUUGAUGACUUGAAAAGCUUUGAGUCCUGGUUUGACAUUACAAGCAUUACAGAAAUUGCUGAAGAUAUUGUUGCUAAAGAAAGGGAGCAGAACAUCUUACACAUGUUGCACCAGAUUUUGACGCCUUUCUUAUUGAGAAGACUGAAAUCUGAUGUAGCUCUUGAGGUUCCUCCUAAACGAGAAGUUGUGGUGUAUGCACCACUGGCAAAGAAACAAGAAACCUUCUAUACUGCUAUUGUAAAUCGGACCAUUAAAAAGCUGCUCGGAAACAAUGAGGAAGAGGUAGUCGAGUUGAGUCCUACAGGACGACCAAAGCGUCGGAGUCGAAAAGCGGUUGAUUACCGUGAACUAGAUGGUGAUACACCUGAUGAGCUGGAAAAACUGAUCAGCAAAAUGCAAGAGGAAGUAGAAAAAGAGAGGCCAGUGAUAGAAAUGACCAUUCCUACGGAUUCAGAAAUCAACCUUAAACUGCAGAAUAUUAUGAUGUUACUGAGGAAAUGUUGUAACCAUCCAUAUCUCAUUGAAUAUCCACUGGACCCUGCCACACAGCAAUUUAAGGUUGAUGAAGAUCUAGUGAAGAAUUCAGGCAAAUUCCUACUUUUGGACCGGAUGCUGCCAGAACUGAAAAAGAGAGGUCACAAGGUGUUGCUGUUCUCACAAAUGACACUGAUGUUGGACAUUUUGAUGGAUUAUUGCUACCUGCGGAAUUACAAAUUUAGUCGUUUGGAUGGAUCCAUGUCCUAUACAGAGAGAGAAGAAAAUAUGCAUAAAUUUAAUACAGAUCCUGAAGUUUUCAUAUUUUUAGUGAGUACACGGGCUGGAGGCCUGGGCAUUAAUUUGACUGCAGCAGACACUGUCAUCAUCUAUGAUAGUGACUGGAACCCCCAGUCUGAUCUUCAGGCCCAAGACAGGUGUCACAGAAUUGGUCAGACAAAGCCAGUUGUUGUUUAUCGCCUCGUGACAGCAAAUACUGUUGACCAGAAGAUUGUGGAGAGAGCUGCUGCCAAAAGGAAGCUAGAGAAGUUGAUUAUUCAUAAAAGUCUCAUCUUUAGUCAUACUUUGACUGAACCCCUAUAUCUCUUGUUUUUACAACACCAGUACAUACUAUUGUCUGGAAGACUUCUCUUCUGUUCCCACACUCAGAUCCGAAUUGGAAAACAUCUAGAUUUGGAUCAGUUUAAAGGUGGUAAAUCUGGGUUAAUCCAAACAAAGGGCUGCUUGGAUCCUAAGGAAUUAAUGGAAUUACUGAAAUCCAGGGACUACGAAAGAGAGGUUAAAGGAUCCAGAGAGAAAGUAAUCAGUGACAAAGAUCUAGAGUUACUGCUGGAUAGAAGUGAUCUUAUUGACCAAAUGAAAAAGUCUGAAUCAGCUGAAAAAGAAAAAGUGGGAGUGUUCAAGGUCCUAGAAGAUUCUGAAGACUCCAGUGCAGAAUGUGUAUUUUGAAGCGUGACUGGCUUCUUAAAGUACAGCCCAAACUUCUUGGGACUAACAGCAGAGCUUGUAAGGCCCUCAUUUACAUAUAGUGACUCUUGAUUAUGCUGAUUUCCCCCCCAGCCUGGUUCAAAUCUUUUUUACUUUUCAGUGAGUUGUACAACACGUCAGGUAGCAUACUUCAUGAUGAUGUAGCAUACCUAAAAAUUUCAUACUUGUGAACCUCACAUGAAGAAUUACGAAAAUGAACAUGUUUCAGAUGUUUAGGUAGCUUUUGUGCUCCAGUGACACACUGCCAGGUUUGUACAAAAUCUUCCUGUGGAAGUUUUGUGAAUUUUUUUUAUUUUUCUGUCUAAUUUGACCUAAUGUGUCAUUUAUGAUUUUAUUGGGAAAGGGAAGAGUGUCUGGUACAUUUGUUUACAAACAAUCGUGUAACUUCAGUUUUAAAUUUUGCAAAAUAUUUUGCUAAUAAAUGUGUCCAUUUUG